AUGAGUUUCAAGCUCCUGAAAAUGGUUUUCAAAGUAGGAAAUAUUUUAGCAAUCACUCCUUCGUACGACGGCGCAAAAACCGAAACCUCGUUCGACAAAAUCUACAACUACUGCAUGAUGGCUGUCAUCACAGGUGGAUUAGCGAUUUCAGUUCGUUACAGAGUGCCCGAUUACAGCAACUUUCCUUUCAUGAAAGCGGUCGUUCAAGUCCUUUUAGACUCCAGUUUGUACGUCUUAAACAUGUAUUCAAUUCUGGCAGCUCUACGAAAAAAACCGCAGUGGUACAAACUGUUGAAAAACCUCAAAACGGUGCAGACAAUCGCAACGAACGAAAAUUUACACUGCAGCUCUUUCGUCGUUUUAAACGCGAUUUUUUGCACCUACCAGGUUUAUAUGACGUGGGUGGUGACGUAUCACAUCGGUUCGAACUUCUACAAGCAAUUCGCUAUCGAGUACUUACAGUUCUACCACCACUUCGUAGUGAAUUAUUUGUUGUUUGCGUUUUUGAAAAUGUUACUAGAGAGAUAUCAAAGUGUGUGUAAAAAUUUGACCAACCAUCUACAACUAGUGAAAAAAUUGGAGAAGAACGGGCAAAAGUACACACUUUUGCAACUCAAAAAAAUAAAAUACGAUGUGUGUCUAUUGAAAGAGUCCGUCGAUAUUGUCAACAGCAUUUUCGGGUGGCCCAUUUUAUUAAUAGUCGUUUUCACGAGCUUGCAGAUGUUGGUGUACUUGGAACAAAUCGUUGUGCGGCCUCAUAUUCCCAGGACCGUAGUAGGGUACAUUAUUGUCAUAAUUUUGUGGGAUAGUAUGUGCCUCUUCACUAACAUUUUUCUGUGUGAUUCAGUCUCCAACGAAGGUGCGACUAUUUUAGCGGAAGCUUACACUUUGGAAAAAUAUUUUACCAACGAAAAUAGCAAGAAUCACGAAGAUCUGCGCAAGUUUAUAGACGCGUUGAAGAAUAAUCUGCCGUGUUUCACCGCCGCGAGGUUCUUUAUUAUCGACAGGAGCACGGUUUUCGGGAUUUUUGACGCCGUUGUCAGUUUUUUGAUCGUGAUGAUUCAGUUUGAGAUGAGCCGGAGUUCGAAGGGGGGCUGCCAGGUGUGUUGCAACAACAACAACAACAACAACAACGAAACCAGAAUUGAUUAAUGAAAUAAUAUUUAUUUUCCGCAGUGGGGGUUAUCUAAUCGUGAAUAAAUAUUAAAUAAAAAAUAU